GCGCGCCGUCGCUCGAGCGGGAGGGCAGGCAUUGUCCCCGGCGGGAGCCAUGGAGAGCCCGGGCCCGCCCUGAGGCGCGGCGGCGGCGGCGGCGGCGGACCCGCCAUGGCGGCGGCCGAGGAGGGGCGGCGGCAGGCGCAGGCGCGGGCCCGGCAGGCCGCGCUGUGGGGCCGGGCGCGGAGCCUGUGCCGCCGGCUGCGGGCGCUGCAGGCCCGGCAGGUGGAGCGGCACGUCCGGCAGCAGCUGGGCGGGCUGGGGCGCGGCCCGGCGCGGCCCGGCGCCGGCCCGUCUCCCGCCGCGCUGCGCUCGGAGCUGCGGCAGCUGGCCGCCGGCGCCUCCGCCCGCCUCCGCGCCGCCCAGCGCGCCUGCGACUCGGACGCCACCGACAGCGCCUCCGCCUCCUCCGGCUCCUCGGCCGGCGCCCCCUCCUCCUCCUCCUCCUCCUCCGACAGCGAGGGCCCCGAGCCGGCCCCCGGCCCCGAGCGCGCCGCCGCCGCCGACGUGGGGCGACGGCUGGCAGAGCACCAGUGGGCAGUAGAGAGAGCAGCCAUUAUCUGUCGAUGGACAUGGCUGCAGGCUCAGGUUUUGGACUUGGAAUAUCGCAUAAGGCAGCAGACUGACGUUUACAAGCAACUCCGUGCCAGCAAGGGCCCAGUUAUCCUGGGCAGCCUCCAGCAUGAAGAUGGGCUGAAACCGCAGAGUCGAUUUGCCUCUCCAGCAGUGAUGAACUCCAGAAAAAAUCAAGCACUGCCUGCAUCCUCCCCUCAUCUCAGGGUGCCCAGUGGCUUAUCUCCUUGCAUCCCUUCCUACCUCCUGCAGAAUGCAGAGAAACAGAAUUCUCACCUUGCCCAGUCCUUACGAAACCUCGUGUGUCAAAAUCCCUCCUGUGUGCCCAUCAAUGGGUCUCCAGAGCCCCCCAAAGCCUGUACGUCGCCCCAUCAAGUGAACGGAAUAAGUAACUGCUUGAGCGCAUGUACCACCAGCAGUUCUCAAGAAGGUGCAAGUGCCAACAGGCACCUCAAGAAACCGGCGCAGCUGAACCACGGCCUGCCUGCAGCGGCCCCUUCCCUCGACAGCAGCUGUGUUGCGGCUAGAAUCCGUCCAAUUUGCAGGUACAAGAAGCGCAGGCUGGUGAGAAUCAACACGAUCGCUCAGCUACCUAGAAAGCCACAGAAACCUCUGAGCAUGAAGUGUAACUGUGAGCAGCCCAAUUCCUGCGUUUUGUGUGACUUCAAGGCCUCUCUUCAGACCAUUGAACCAGAGAGAAUGUCUUUAGAGGAGCGAAUUGCUCUGCUGGAUUCUGGCUUCCACCCCAUACUCUCGUUUCCUCACGGCAAUGCUCUUCAUUUACACUUUGAAGCCUUCCUAAGAGAAGACCAUUGGCUAAGGCAUAAGCCCGAGUCUCCGAAGAUACCCCACUGCGGCUUGAAAGAUCUCACCAACAACCUCUGCUCACCUCCUCUUUCUGCACCUGGUUCUCUGCUGAAAGGAUUGGCCAGUUGCAGCUUGUGCGCUACCAACCCUCAUCCCCCCAAGCCGAGUGCUUCACACCACGGGUCCUCUCUGUGCCCAGAACACCCUCCCGUUCCACACUCCGGUCAAGGCCCUGCUCAUCCUACAGCUGCCAGCAGCUCAGCACUGCAGCCUGCGAAGAAGAAAAAAGUGGAAUGUUCCUACGAUAUCAACAACAUAGUGAUUCCAAUGUCAAUGGCGGCAGCUACACGGGUGGAAAAGCUGCAGUACAAAGAGAUUUUAACACCAAGCUGGAGAAUGGUGGAUCCCAAAGAGUUGAUGAUCUUGGGAGAAGCAGACACAGAGCUGGAAGACACUUCGGAUGAAACGUACCUGAACUAUCACCAAAAAUUUGAAGAGCUGGAACGGGCACGCUGGGAUUCCUGGACAGGAACUUCCUCCCACAGACGAGGGAACAGGAGCUCCAAUAAAGCCGAUGGGCGAUGGACACCUCAGCCAGGCUGCCAGGACAGUGUGCCGUAUAGUCUCCACUCCCCCCAGGGUGCCAGCCCUCCCACAGGGCCGCUCAGCCCGGAGCUGUCCAACCUCCUGCUGCCCCUUGGGUUAAGAGGCAGAGGGGGGAAUUCCUGGAGUGAGGACUCUGCUCUUUCUUCCUUCGACACAGACGAGAUCCAGACUGUGCAGCCAUGGGAGCCCCGCACAUUCCCUCUUUCGGAGACAGAAUGUCAAGCGCUUCAGGACCCGCCCCACAAGCUUUCUGGCAAGCAGACCAGCUCCAUUCCGCAGUGGGACUCCAGGAGCAGCCAGGCCCUGAGGACUAACAGCAUAGACGAGUGCCUCUCUCGCUCGAGGGAGGCGUUCCUGUCCAGCCGGCAGGGGCACCCCGAGGACAGCAGUCAGCAGGAUCUUGCAGAGCCAUGCUGCGCCCCGCCGAUGCUUAACAACAGAUGACCUCUCGGGCCCUGAGAUCGUACGUUGGUAGAGUUGCACCCACGCUCUAGAGAUGUAUCACAGAGCUUGGCUGGCGUGCUGCCGGCCUGGUGAAAGAGUGGCAGGGGGAAGCCCUGGUCGAGCGCAGAGUGGAGGUCCAGCUUUGGACUCGGGGCUCUUGCUCCCCACGAUCAGCGAGGAAGGGCUGGCAGAGGCGGAGCCCAGGCCUCUGUGGCGUGGGAAGAGGGCAUGGCGCAGAAAAGCCCGUUGGCAGGUUGAUUCUGGGUGGAACUCAGAGCACCGUACUGGGAGGCAGGCAGGUUAGGGGCUGCUGUAGUGGCCCCAGGGGAACCCCCCCAAAGGGAGAAGCAAAGAGGCAGCAAGAUGCGCCAAGAGGGGAAGCCGUUACUUGGCAAACCUUGGGAGAGGGUGCCGUUCAAAGGAAGCUCGCAGGCGCUCUGCUACUCCCAAGGCAGGAGCUGCGCAUCAGCUGGACUGGGGAAAUCCAUCGGCCCGGGGCACAGGCUGCGUCCCAGAGCCGCUGGUGGUGGUGGGGGCUCCGAAGGAAGGUCUGCAGGGAAGGGUGAAUGCUUCCCUACUAAUUUCCUAUGGUUUAUAAUUUUUACAUAUAUUGUUUUGGAAUCACUGGUUUUCUAACUAGAAAUCAUGUUCUCCUGAUGUUGCCAUGGAAGUGACCAAUCAUGAUAAACGCUUUAUACUUCCUUUCGGAAAAGUUGUAAAUCCUAUGCAGUGGAUGGAUGGAUUAUUCUAAUUUAAUAAAUAAAAUAAACUGACAGGAUGAACCGGACAGGCCCUGAUGUGGCCGUUGGUGUCUUUGUUUGAAUAUUUUAAAACCAAAGAAGCCGUUCUGUUCCCUUGGAGAAGCCUAGUUAUUUUUAGAGCACUUUCUGAAUUUGAUCUGCUUUAGAAUAUAUAGGAACCUAUUCUAUAAUAAAGUGGUUUCACCAUC